UAUGGGCCAUUGCUGCUGUAGGCUCCAUCUCCUCCCUCUGCGCUGUCCGGACCAAACGAGUGAACGUGCCAUUGUGAAAGAGAGGGAACUGUCCCAGGAGCUUGCCAGAAUCAGGGAUGAAGUGGCUUUCAGUGUCGCACACUGGGAGCAACUGCAGCGGGAGAAGGAGGAACUGGAGCGUCGCUUCGAGGCGGAGCUGCAGGGAUUGCGGGCUCAGCAGCAGAGGGAGCUGGGAGCGCUGGAGGAGCGGCUGAAGGCGAAGCACUUGGCCGAGACCCGGAGCCUGAAGGCCCUACAGCGGGAUGAGCUGGACGACCUACGGAUCCAACAGCACGAGCAGAUUGAGGAGAUGAGUGAGAACCACGAGGCGUCCCUGGUGGAGAUGGAGACGGCUCACAACGACACGCUGACCACUCUGCAGGAGGAGCAUGCCAGGACCGUGAAGAAUCUGAAGAUGGCCCAUGAACAGCAGAGGAAGUCCCUGGAUGAAGAAUUUCAGAAGAUCAGACUGUCGCUGCAGGAUCAGGUGGACACGCUGACGUUUCAGAAUCGCAGCCUCAGGGACCGAGCCAAGCGCUUUGAGGAAGCUCUCCGCAAGAGCACUGAUGAGCAGAUAGUGGACGCUUUGGCUCCUUACAAACACAUUGAGGAGGACCUGAAGAGUCUAAAAGACGUUCUGGAGAUGAAGAAUCAACAAAUCCAUCAGCAGGACCUGAAGAUUACAGAGCUGGAGAUAAUAGCUGAAAAGAAUGUAUACCUGGAGGAGAGACUGCAGGUGUUGCAGCAGCAGAACGAAGACCUGAAGGAACGAAUAGACAAGAACCUGGUUGUGUCCAGACAACUCUCCGAGGAUAACGCCAACCUGCAGGUGAAUGUGGAGAAGGAGAGCAACGAGAAGAAGCGGCUGAGUCGCAACAACGAGGAGCUGCUGUGGCGUCUCCAGACGGGAGACCUGAGCCCUCGCAUGUCCCCCAGCUCCUCCCCAAUCCACCGACCCUCCCCUGGACCGGGCUCCGCUGCCCGCCCACACUCCUACCAUCAAUGACACUCUAUAAACUCUUUGCUGAAUGUUCCUCUGGGUAAAGGAAAGGGCCUCUCACCCUCGUAAUGCAUUUCCACAGACAAACCACAGGAAUUUUAACUUUUGAACUAAAUAAUUGUAUCAAAGCUCGAGCCUGUUGCCUCCUCUUUUUCUAUUCCACACAAAUCUCCCACGAAGCAGAACGCGCUGCGAUACUCCGGCGGAUGAAAUACCUGAUCAUUGCAGAGGUAAGAGAGCAGGAACAGACUCACAGUGCCUCAUUUCCAAUGUGUUCGCCUCCAUCUGCAAUCUCCAUCUUCACCUCCAGCGCUCAGGAUGAUGGAUGUACGACAAAAAGCAAACAUCCAAAGCGCAAAACAGUGAACACAAGAAGCGCCUUUCCUGUCCUGUCUCUUUCCACCAGCAGCAGCACAGGCAACACUUUGAGAGGAAUCACAAAACUAAGUGUUGAUUCCUCUGUGGGACAUGACAAAGCUUUCAUGUAUCAGGAUUGUAUGACUGACUCUCAAGCCAUCCAACCUCAAACAUCUGUCCCAUGUUUUCCUUAAACGACCAGAUUUGUACGACAACAUAACAACUCAUCAUCGUCCAUUGAUCUGCCAAAAUAUUUUAACUAAGUUAUUGAUUAUAAUUUAUUUAAAUAGUGCACAUGUGUUGGUCUUGUUUAAAGCAUGUUCUGUCUUCCGGUUAUAAUGAACUUUAAUUUUGGAUCACUGACAGUGUGAAAUGGAAUAGAAGAGUGAACGGGUGAAACAAGUUACCUCUUGUAACCUGGAGCAGGAUUAGAUCAAACGAAACCAAGGCCCAACAGUCGCCUCAGAUCGGAUCUCACUUCCCCGCCCUAUAUGCAAUUAGACAGGUACGCCCGGAAAGAUGUAAUGCAAUGACAGGAAGCAGCGAGGAGAAGAUAAGGAAAUCAAGAUAACACAACGUAGAUAAGUUUUCCCAUCAGGUUCCAUGAAUUAUUAUCAGGGAAAACUAAAUCCUUACCCUAACGCCAACCCUUAUCUGCAUCCAAUGUAUUUACCUGAACACGUGUGAUUCCCAGAUCUGUUCAUCGUGCUGCAUUGAUUCACCUUCAGAUACGUUCUCUUGUUCUUUCUUUAAAUGGUCCUUUCACUAAUGUGUUCAGAAAAACCUUGAGAACAAAUAUGAUGUGAAAAACAUCAGAGCCCGACUGAUGUGGAUGUUUGGGUCCAAUAUCGAUAUUAGGUAGUAAACAUUUUUCCAUUACGAUCUAUUAGUAUAUAUUUAAAUAUUUAAAGUGAGGCUUGACCUUUUGACAACUUGUCCAAAAACUUUAUUAUAAAUAAGUAAAAACAAAAAACCCAAAUACAACCAAAUAUAUUGAACUUGGAAAAAAAUAUUGACCAAAACUAAUAUACUGUGGUGAAAUAUAAUUCUGUAUAAUAAAGUUUGUUAUUUCAACAAACACAAAUGCUAACAACUUUUAACAGCCAGCCGGUUAGAUCAUUCAGGCUCGGACGUGUUUCUUCUCUUGGUUUUCUGCAAUUUACUUUCGAGGGACAUAAAAAUAUCCUUACGUCAUUUGCUGCAAGCUGUUACCUCAUUUCUCAUUGUAGAGAAUCUCAGGUGUUGAGAAAUAUGAAUCAUCUAAAGGGAAACAACUGCCAUAACUUUCAUUUGGACUAUUUUAGUUUUUACUGUUUUUCCUUCAUGUUCAUAUUUACGUAACCACACAGUUCACUGUCUGUUUUGCAGAAUGUGGAAGAAUAUAUAUAACAGUGAAGUCAGCAAAUAUAAAAGUACUUCGAAGAAACAUUACGGUAAAUGAUAAUAACUUGAUUUAAUAAUCAGAUCCCUGCACAUAAUAUAAAAUAAGAAAAUGUGCUCUGAUAAGACUUGGGCUGUCGGGGAGUUGUCGCUGGUGGGUUCCUCUGUGUCACCGCUCGCCUCUGUGUCCCGUGGACAUGACGUCGUGCUAAUUUACUGAAUGUUUGUUCCGCACUUAAACAAGAGGUUUUGUUUACAGUUUACAUCCUGUGUACUGUAUGCGGGGAUGUCGGUACUUCUGUUGAUUGUUUACAGGACUUCUGUUGUAAAGAUUGUAUUCAGUAUUUCCGAAACUCUCUGAAUGAGUUUUUAAGAAAGCAUGUCUUUAUAAGGUUGUUGUGCAUUUCAUCAGAUUUUUUUUUUUUUUUAUAUACAUUUCUUGUGCAUUUCAUAUAUUUAUUUAUUUAUUUAUGUAUUCGUCCUCCUCCAGAACUGCACCUGUAGCUUAGCUGGUGAAAAUAUUGUUGUCAGUGAUGAGACACUAACAUCUACACUGUAUAUGUUGCACUUUGUAUUUAAGUAUUAAACCACAAUAUGAAAAAACAAGAGAGCAAAAGUG